GCUGCCGCUCAAUAUGCGCGGGACCUGCUCCUUGCUAUGCCGGCGGCUAUUACGUUGUCCGACACCGUGGGCUGAACAGAAGAGCGACCUGAAGAGACCAGAUCAGGAUGAUUGUCGGCAGCGGACCGUGUUGAAUAUAGUUUGUGACGGCGAUUUUAUCUAGGGAAGAUUGGGGACUGAUGUCAGCUGAAGGGCGCACUUCUUCGGUGGGAGCGGAGGUCCGCUAGUCCACACGCACACGAGCCAGUCAGAUCCUUUCUACAACCCCUCAUCUACGACCCCGCCAUUAAGGCGCCCUUUGCCAAGAGCUGCUGAGAGGUGUACAUGAUUACCAAGCGUCAGCCGCACCAGGAACUCUGUAUAUAGUCUGGAGAGGCAGUCUCUCAGUGAGCGAUCCGGAAAUCCGCAGCACUCUGUUAUCAGCCAGAAGCCUCAUUCUCAGCCAACUCCAGUGAACCUUUAGUGACAUUCGCACUAUACAUCAAGAUGUCACCUACCGUCGGACUGGUUAUGGGGGCGAACUCCUUCCUCACGCAAAAUAGUUUUGGAGGCUAUGACGGGAUGAAGGAAGCUGCCUCUAUUCUCCAUGCAGAGGGUGUCAGGAAUAUCGACUCUGCCGCCAUCCAUGGUGCGCACGAGGAUGUUAUGGCGGAGAUUGGCAUCGCGAAGACAUUCGAGAUUGAUUCUAAGUGGUCCGGGGCGGUCAUGCCAGUGCCGUCGACAAAGGAGGCUAUCAUCGCAAGCGCCGAGGCGAGUUUGAAGAGGAUGAAAGCAGGACAGUUCGACGUCUACUACCUCCACGCCCCGGACCGUCGUGUCCCCUUCGAGCUCCAGCUUGACGCCAUCAACACCCUCUACGACAAGGGAAGGAUCAAACGUUUUGGAGUCUCGAAUGCCUUUGGCCACGAAGUCGAGGAAAUGGUCCGCAUCGCGAAAGAGAACAACUGGGUGGCGCCUUCGGUAUAUCAAGGCAACUACUCCGCUGUUGCUCGUCGUCAGGAAAAGGAGCUCUUUCCUAUCCUCAGGAAGUACGGUAUCGCAUUCUACGCCUACUCACCUAUCGCGGGCGGCUUCCUGGCCAAAGACGCGGAACAAUUCGAGAACGGACCACAGGGGACCGGGCGCUGGGAUCCUACCAAUUUCGUUGGAGGGGUAUACCACGCCAUGUACAACAGACCCGCAAUUGUCGAGGGCCUCAGACAGUGGAACGCUAUAUCAAGGGAGAGUGGGAUCCCAGGAGUCGAGCUAGCAUACCGCUGGGUCGUCCAUAACUCUGCACUCCGCGGCGAGAACGGCGACAAGAUCCUCAUCGGUCCGCAGGACUUGAAGCAGAUGAAAGAGAUUCUAGAAUUUGUCAAAAAGAGCCCGUUGAGUGAGGAGAUUGCGAAGAAGAUUGACGACAUUUGGACGGUCGUGGAGCAGCAUGCGCCGCUGGAUAACUGGAAUGAUGUCAUGUCAAAGAUGAAUAUCGCGCCGCAGAACCAUGAGGCGAAGGAAUUGUAUGGAAAGGAGUGAAGAGCCCAGGCUCUGCGACAAGACAGUGUCAUCUGCGCUAGAAUAUGGUCUGCAUUCUAUUUUGCGAUGAUGCGAUGAUGCGAUGUUGCUUUCUUGAGACACGCAAUUAGAAAUAGCACCACGGGAAUACUACCACUGUGACUUUCAUUAACGGUGGAUACAGAGUGUAUGCGCAUUUGAGCUUUGUCGGAAACUGAUUUUGUGCACAGCAAGUAGCUGAAACCUGCUUCUGUCCGGAUGAAGGCAUCGCGAGUUGCGAGAACGCAGCAUUUCUGCCCUGACAUUUGGACAACAAUCACCACGUCCACUCGCAAAAGAGUCUGCCUAACCAGCCAGC